CAAGGAGCUUUGCCUGUCUGAAGGGGCGGGGCCUGAGCGGGCUCGGGGGCUUGCUGAGGGUUAACACUUGUUAGUUAGAUUCUACCCGGAACUGGGUAACGAACUCGCGCAAACUUAAGCACGGAUUUCUAACUUUUGGGGAGUUCGUAUUUUCUCCCCCAGGUUGUGUGGCGGGAGGUGGCUGUGCGUGAGUCCCCAUAAGUUUGUGCAAAGUCUACUUUGGACGCCUUGGUGAGAGGCAACAGAAGACGAAAGAAAGAAAAAAAAAUUGGAAAUCAGUUUUUCUCCUUGAGAGUUGAAUCAAGGUUAAGUAUAAAGACCUGACCAUGCCUCCACAGAAAGACAUUGUGAAAAUUGCCAUCCAAAUGCCAGGGGCCUACCCCCAGCUCAUUGAUUUAGACCAGAAAAAGCCUUUAUCAACAGUCAUUAAGGAAGUCUGUGAUGGAUGGAACAUCAAUUGCCCUGAAAACCAUGCACUUCAGUACACAGAUGGGAUACAGACAUACAUUACAGAAACGAACCGACUAGACAUCAAAAAUGGAAGUAUUCUGCGUCUCACCACUGCUCCAGGCCGUUACGCAGACCAGCUGUUCGCUGGCAUCCAAAACAACAACAAUGAUAUUAAAUGUGACUCACUAAAACAAUUGGCUUUCGUCUCCACUGAUGUAACAUUUGCCCAGGAGUUCAUCAACCGUGAUGGACAUAAUCAGCUUGUCUUCAUUGUGGAGAAUGGCAAUGACCCUUCUGAAAUUAUUGCACAUGCACUGAAAGCCUUCAUGGAAUUAAUGGAUCAUGGAAUUGUUUCCUGGGAGAAUCUGUCUUUCAUCUUCAUUAUAAAGAUUGCCAACUAUGUCAAUACAAAGGUGAUGGAUGCUUCCAUCCAGCAGCUCUCAUUAGCAAUCCUAGAGAGCAUGGUUCUAAGCAGUAGCAGUUUAUUCCAGCAGGUCAAACAUGAAGUCACUCUGGAACGACUUGUUGAACACUUGCAAGUACCGAACCAGCAAAUUCAAACAAAAGCCAUGGCUUUGCUGAUAGCUCUUCUUCAGACGGCAAGUGACUUGGAGAAACGGGAAAUGAUUGAAUUUUUGGGGAAGAAAAAUAUGCGGCAGUAUAUUUACAAGAAUAUUAUUCACAGCUCUGGUGCAAUUGGAGAUGAGAUGGCCCAUUACUUAUAUGUUCUGCAAUCUGUAACUCUAAAUCUCCUGGAGCCCAAAAUGAAAACUCCUUUUGAUUCUUAUAACCCGGAGCAACGGGAAAUUCUCCAUACAUUGAGGCAAGUUGCCUUUGAGUCAGAUGGAGAAGCCAAUUUGUCUAAUGAGAGACGACGUUCCCUCUGUGCUAAAGAGUUCAAGAAGCUGGGGUUCUCGAACAACACUAACCCUGGUCAAGAUCUGAAUCGCACUCCACCCGGACUUUUGGCUCUAAGCACCAUGGCUUACUUCUCUUCACGCUAUCCUGAUGCCUACAGCCGGUUUGUUUUAGAGAACAGCAGCCGGGAAGACAAGCAUGAAUGUCCAUUUGCCAGGAGUAGUAUCCAGCUCACACAGAUGCUGUGUGAAAUCCUACGGAUCGGGGAGCCUACUUUUGAGACUGGACAGGACUAUUAUCCAGUCUUCUUUGCUCAGGAUCACCUUCUGGAGGAAUUAUUCUGUAUUUGUAUACAACUGCUCAACAAGACAUGGAAGGAGAUGCGAGCCACACAAGAGGACUUUGACAAGGUUAUGCAGGUAGUUCGGGAGCAGAUAACACGAACCCUGUCCAGCAAGCCCACCUCUCUGGAGUUGUUUAAAAAUAAAGUGAAUGCUCUCAACUACAGUGAGAUUCUUAAACUGCGACAGACUGAGCGCCUUCACCAGGAGGAAACUCUUGCACCCCCUGUGUUAGAAUUAAAGGAGAGACUAAAACCGGAACUGCUGGAGUUGAUCCGACAGCAGAGGCUCAACCGCCUCUGUCAUGGAACACUUUUCAGGAAAAUCAGCAGUCGGAGACGACAAGACAAGCUAUGGUACUGUCGACUUUCUCCUAAUCAUAAAGUGCUGCACUAUGGAGAUGUGGAUGAAGAGACAGACUGUCCUCCAAUUGAGACACUUCAAGAAAAAAUUCCUGUGGCAGACAUCAAGGCACUACUGACUGGCAAAGACUGCCCACAUAUGAAAGAGAAGAGCUCGGGGAAACAGAACAAGGAAGUUUUGGACCUUGCCUUCACCAUUAUAUAUGAUGUGGAAGACUACAGUUUGAACUUUAUUGCGUCAUCAAGAACGGAUUUUUGCCUUUGGACUGAUGGUUUGAAUGUCUUGCUGGGGAAAGAAAUGAACAGUGAGUGCAUGCGGAGUGAGUUGGAUAUUCUCUUAUCCAUGGAAAUCAAACUAAGGCUACUGGACCUGGAGAACAUUCCAAUCCCAGACGCUCCGCCACCUUUGCCAGAUCCUCCCAGCAAUUACCACUUCUGCUAUGACUUCAGCCACAGUGAACAGUAGACUCAAAAGUAA